UUAGAUGAUCGAUCUCAUAUAUUUACGCACAAGCUAAUUGAAUUAAUUGCUAACAAAAUUAUGUAAAAAAAAACACAGACAACUCUUUUUUUAGCGUUUGUCGGUCCAAAAUUCGAUCACUUUAAAAACCGGUGACAUUUUUCGAAAUGGUAUCAGUUUUUUGUGAAAUUUCAAACGAAAAACAUCUAAACAUGAAGACUUUCGCCGUUGUCUUGUCAAUUUUAGCUCACGCCUCAGCCGGACUUUUGCCAUCCGAGAAUUUGUUGCCACCAAAGGAAGGAUACGCAUACCCAGCAUCAGCAGAAGCUCAAUACCACCAUGCACCAGCUCAAUUUGCCGUUCAAGAAGUUCAUGCCUCCCCAGCACAACAAUUCGUUGAAGCUGCUCCAGCUCAAAUUUCCGUCAAAGUAAUCCAAAGUGAACCAAUUGCCACUCCAGCCCCAAUUGCCAUUCAACAAUUCCACGCUGCCCCAGCUCCACAACCCGUUCAACAAUUCCAAGCUGCUCCAGCUCCACAAGUCGUUAAAGUGAUCAGUGAACCAGCACCAGUAUUCUACUCUGGUCCAGCUCAAGCCCCUCACUUGGUUGCUCCACAGGUCCAACACACGCAACAAAUCAUCAAAGUCAUCCAACGAAUUGCUGUGCCAGCACCAAAACCACUACAAAUCAUCAAGCUCGUGCAACAACGUCCAGCUCCGAACCCAGUUAAAAUCAUUAAAGUGAUCAACUCAAACAAUGAUGUUUCAUCAUCCGGAAGAUACAGCGGUUGGAGCUCUUUGUUCAACAGUUUCCGUGGCUCAUCAGACAAUGGUCCAUCACCAAAUGUUAGAAUCAUCAAGAUCAUCAAGGCCCAACCAGAAUGGAACUGGUAAAUGCGAAGUCCGCGCUAAGGAAAUCAUUGCAAGUUUAAGCAAUGGCCCAAGUCAUCAGAUGCUAUUUUUUAUACAAAUUUAAGGCCAAAUCAAUUUUUUUUACUUGGA